UGCGGAGGUCAUGAGGUGCUUGGCUCAACUUUCAGGUCUCGACACCGAGAUCUGAUUGACAGCUGAGUCCUGAUGAACAACCGUGUCCCUGAUGAGUUGAUGGGUCUGAUGGUAAGCACCAGCAAAUACAUUCGCACUGUAUGUCUCUUCCAGCAGCCCCAGACGCGCCCUGCCUCAGGUUCCCAGAAAACUUGGGGAUCGCACGCGACCUUACUUUGGAGUCAGCCGUCAACUAUCUCACUCGCGGGUUCCAAACUUCCUUGAACGUCCCUUACGUGUGGGGAUACAUCGACAAACCGCAGGAGGGCCAACUUCUGCUCGUUUUCAUACCCCCGAAUGGCCCGCCUUUCCCGAACGACGGGCUGCGCUACCAAGAUGCCGAGACCAAGUACACCAUGCCCGCGGGGUCCGGACGCGAACUGGAGAUCAGCGAAACAAAAUUCGGAUACAUACCUGGCAUGGACUCCAUGCAGGGCGCGUGGAGGCUCCGGCGCAGGUACCGGAUGCUGAAGGGCGGGCACCCGGGCCUGGUGCUGGUGCAUUACACGAGGGGCCCGAACGCACCUAUUGCGCCUAUGUACAUGAACCAGCCGGCACGCGCGUACCCGCUGCGUCCCGUGAAUGAGCCUGCCGUGUACAUUCUCGGCGAAAAAGUGGGCACUAAGGUCUUUCCACCGGGGCAUCCUAAUGCGGGCGCGAUUGUUGGUCCGGGGCCCGGACCAGGGAUGGGCGGGAACUUCAACUCGCCGCAGGCCAUGCUCGCACAACAAAACAACAACAUGGCAAUGAUGGAGCGACGACGAGAGCAGGAGCAGAGGGCUAGAGGGCAGAGUAAUGCUCGACGACCUCCAGUUGAAGAAGAAGAUUCGGGAGACGAAAAUGACACGAUCUCCACGCGAACGUUAUCCUCGACCAGAUACCGGCGCAACCAUGACUUCAUGGCUGAAGUUUUCACAUUCGCUGCCUACAACCUGAAAAAUCAAGACCCUCCACCUCCCCCGUUUUCAAUCUUCGACAAGGCUGAUCUGGAUGCCAGAGCAGAGAAACUCAAAGCCGAAAUCGCGGCCCUUCAGAACCGAGAUUUGCGAUCGGCGACGGGUGCAGACGUGUCUAUGCAGGGUGCGUAUGAUUAGAUGCUGUGUAGUGAGAUGUAUGUAAUAUCAGGGUGUACUUGAGGGCACUAGCAGAUUCUGUCGGAUGACAGAGAUAUCCUCGUCAGAGAGUCCAACGAUGUUCUUGCAGUAUCCUUCGGCACCAGAGUACUUGGCGUCGAGUAAGUC